AUGACUGCGCAGAUACCAAGUACCAUACGCUCGUACUACUUCCCCACUCUUGGAUCCCACACCAAUCUCACCUUGCAGACUAUCUCCCUCCCUGAACUCAAGUCCAACUGUGUCCUUGUCAAAAUACAUGCUGUGUCGCUCCAGUACCGGGACCUGUAUAUCUCCUUGGGUCGAUACCCUGGAAAGGUAGUCGAUAACCUUGUUCCAUGCUCCGACAUGGCUGGAGAGGUGGUCGCAAUCGGUGCCGACGUGACCCAGUGGAAGAUUGGCGACAGAGUCUCCGCCAAUACUACGAUAGACUAUUUGUAUGGAGAAGUCGGUCCGAGAACAUUGGAGUGGGUGCUUGGUGGGGAAAUUCAUGGCGUAUUGGCCGAAUACAGGGAUUUCCCAGCUCAUUCACUGGUCACUAUUCCGGAACAUCUGUCUUACGAAGAAGCGGCAGCGCUGCCGUGUGCUGCUGUGACAGCGUACAAUGCUCUCAUGGGUCCCAAGCCAGUCAAAGCAGGCGACGCUGUUCUCAUCCUUGGAACUAGCGCCGUGUCCCUUUUUGGUUUACAAUUCGCUAUCGCCUCUGGAGCCACUGUCAUCGCAACGUCGUCCUCUGAUGCCAAGCUGGCUAUCGUCAAGAAACUCGGCGCUGCGCACACAAUCAAUUACAAUACGACGCCCGACUGGGACAAGGAAGUGCUUAGGCUGACGGACGGAAGGGGUGUCGAUCAUGUUUUGGAGGUUGGAGGACCUGGGACUCUCGAGAAGUCGAUGGCGGCUGUACGUUAUGCGGGACACGUUCAUCUGAUUGGAUUUCUUUCGAUGACACCCGUUCCCCUGAUGAACGUUAUUGCUCCGUGUCUCCUUAAGGCUGUCACUCUACGUGGAGUUCUGGUUGGCUCUCUUGCACAGUUGGAGUCGAUUAACGGUCUUUUACGUGCUCGUCCAGAGUCGACACGCCCAGUGAUUGACAAGGUGUUCUCGUUUGAGGAGGCUGCUGAAGCAUACGCAUAUAUGGAGAGCCAAAAACACGUUGGGAAGAUCGUGAUCCGUGUCUGUACCUAG